AUGCCUGCAGGAAAAAAUUCUACUGGCAAGCGUGGAAGGCCAGCUCGCACAAAAAAGAUACCAGCACGGUUCACUCCCGAGGUAGCACCAGCUAAAAGACAACGGACCAAUGCCAGCACGCAGUCAUGUCCCGUCGAUGUCACCACAGACAAUCGGUCACCCAGUACAAUGAGUACAACACAUACUCCACGCACCGUCAGUAUUGAAACGGCUAUCGACGUAAAUUUGUUGUCUCCAACUUCAGCAGUUAGUCAUGCAGCUUCAGAUCAACCAGCCAGUACCUGCACCAAGCCAACUACCGAUAAACCAGCCAGCAACGAUCCGCCAAUUGCCGCUCAUCCAACCGACAAUGUCCAGUCAGCCACUGCUCAGUCAGCCAACAAGCCAACUACCACUCAACCAGCCAGCAACGUCUCAACAAGAAUCUCAACCACUCCAACAUCAAGUUCUACAGUACCAGCAUCCACAUACACAACAAUACGGCCAGCCUUGCCACCCAUUUACGCCAAUGCAGACACAGCCCAACAGUCAGUUCAACGUCGCACCACCAGUCGGCAACCUCAAAGUACCGGCCACGUUCCCGCCAGCAUACAUGUGCAUGCCUUACGUUGA